AUCGUGACCGGAUGCAGCGAUAGUUUCCGCUUGUUUCAAUGAUUUUUUUUGUUCCUUGUGUGUAUAAAUGUUAGCAGGUUCAAGUGUCAACGUAUUGAAAGUGUCGUUUUUGUUUGUAAAUAUCAAGGUGGAAGUGGACAAAAGGUCGAGGCAGACGGAGGACUUUAGGCUACAGGUAUUGAAUGACCGAUACUAAGCUUUAAUUAGCAAUUGUAAUAUUCAGAAGAAGCAUUCAUACAUUGCAGAAGAGGGAACAUGAAGAGGAAUAAAGGAAAAGUAAACAUUGCGGAAAAGGAAUUUAUGUUUGAGUUCAAGGCAGGGAGACAGCAGUGUGUUUUGAAAACUCCACUGCAGUUCCCAGUCCAAGAGAAUAUAAAUGACCUCCAUGGAAGAAUCAUGCUGCUGCAUAAAAUCCCCUGCUUUGUAGAGAAUGACUUGAAGUCGUGUCUGUCCACCUUCAUUGAGAGAGAAACCAAUCAAGAUUAUGACAGGAUUUCUGAGCAAGCCCUUCAGAAUUUGUUGAAUGGUGAAGUGGACAUUGCUGAACUCACAAAUGCAUGGGCCAAGGCCUAUUCUGAGACCACUCUGGAACAUUCACAUCCAGAAGAGCCAAGUUGGGAUGAGGACUUUGCAGAUGUAUACCAUGAACUGAUCCACUCCCCUGCCUCCGAUACCCUGCUCAACUUGGAGCACAAUUAUUAUGUUAGCAUUUCUGAACUCAUCAGUGAGCGGGACAUGGAGAUCAAGAAAUUACAGGAGAGGCAAACAGCUGAAAUGGAAACUGUGAUGCAGGAGCUGGGGAAGACAUUCAGUGAUCAUGAUGUCAAUUCAGUGGCCUCUCAGCAUUUUGAUGCUCAGCAGGUACUGGAAAGUAAGUGGGCCACUGAGUUAAAGCACGUUACAGGCAUUCAAAAACAAGAAUACCAGGAGUGGGUGAUCAGACUCCACCAUGAUCUGAAAAACCCUAACAACAGUGCAAUUAAUGAGGAGAUUAAGGUACAAACCAGCCAACUAACAGAAGCCCUUGAAUCUGGCUCUUGUCUUUUUGAGGAGCAGAGGCAACUGGAAGAAAGCUUUACAAUCCACUUAGGCGCUCAGCUAAAGACCAUGCAUAACUUGCGUCUGGUGCGGGGCGAUGUGCUGGAACUCUGUAAGCACCGUCGGCAUGGUAGCAGUGGAGUGAAAUUGCGCCGACUACAGACUGCCCUCUCUCUGUACUCCUCCUCACUCUGUGGCCUUGUACUGUUGGUAGAUAAUAGGGUUAACUCCUACAGCGGCAUCAAGAGAGAUUUUGCAACUGUGUCCAUGGAGUGCACAGACUUCCAUUUUCCACGUCUGGAGGAACAGUUGGACAUGGUACAGCAAGUGGUGUUGUAUGCACGAGCACAACAAAGUAGUAAGCAAAGAGAACAGCCAGAACUGCCAAGAACAAGUGGAGCUGAGGAUAAGAACAAGAAUGUUGACAGAAAUCCUGCAAAUAUCUUGCCAGGUGAAUUCUACAUUACUCGACAUUCCAACCUGUCUGAGGUCCAUGGUGUGUUCCACUUGUGUGUGGAUGACAAUGUGCGCUCUGGGAACAUCACAGCCCGUGAUCCAGCCAUUAUGGGCCUGCGGAAUAUUCUCAAGGUCUGCUGUACCCAUGACAUCACCACCAUCACAAUUCCUCUUCUGCUGGUACAUGAUAUGUCAGAGGAGAUGACGAUACCCUGGUGUCUGAAGCGAGCCGAACUGGUGUUCAAGUGUGUCAAAGGCUUUAUGAUGGAGAUGGCCUCGUGGGAUGGUGGCAUUUCAAGGACCGUCCAGUUUCUUGUUCCACAGAGUAUCUCAGAAGAGAUGUUCUAUCAGCUCAGUAAUAUGCUUCCUCAGAUCUUUCGUGUCUCCUCUACCUUGACGCUCACUUCCAAGCGCUGAUUGAAACAUUGUGUUGGACAUUGGCUACAUCAAUGGCUGCUAUCAGCCAGUACCACUUUGUAGGCUACUCAAAGCCUACAUGGUGUUGGGGGAAAGUAACAAACAUCCAUGUUAGGUGCAAAUAAAACUGCAUAGAAAAUUCUCUCAGACUAAAUCAACUGGCUGAAAAAUUAGCCUAUCAAAACAGAAUUGUAAUGCCUGCUGUCAUUUGUUUUUAUCUCAUUAAAAUUUUCGAAUUCACAGAUUUGAAGGCCCCUAUUCUGGGCCUUUUCUCUGCGAUUUUUACUAAAGUGUCUAGUAGUGUGAACUUGCAAGAGAUUUUCUAGUCCAAACUUUCUUAAAGUGUCCUGUAGGCCAGAGUAAGGGAUUUGAAACAGUCCUUUUAGGCAAGCCCCUAGCUAUUUUCCUAUUCAAGUGAAUGGAGAGGCAUACAGGAGGUGGCGGGAUAUGUGUAGAGACUACUGCCAUAUUGGUGUUACAAACUAAUUCUGGACACUAUAAGAAGACAAUGAAAAGUAACAAAUGAAUGAACUAAUAACUAAUGUCUUCUUUGAUUGAUUAAAGCUCAGACCAAACACAA